GAUGAUUGAGGAAAGUGGGAACAAGCGGAAGACCAUGGCAGAGAAGAGGCAGCUGUUCAUAGAAAUGCGUGCUCAGAAUUUUGAUGUCAUACGAUUAUCAACGUACAGAACAGCUUGCAAAUUACGAUUUGUACAAAAACGAUGCAACCUCCAUCUUGUUGAUAUCUGGAACAUGAUUGAAGCCUUCCGAGACAAUGGCCUUAAUACACUGGACCAUACCACUGAGAUAAGUGUGUCCCGCCUCGAGACCGUCAUCUCAUCCAUCUACUACCAGCUGAACAAGCGCCUUCCUUCUACUCACCAAAUCAGCGUGGAGCAGUCCAUCAGCCUCCUCCUCAACUUCAUGAUUGCUGCAUAUGACAGUGAGGGCCGAGGCAAGUUGACGGUAUUUUCAGUUAAAGCUAUGUUAGCAACCAUGUGUGGUGGAAAAAUGCUGGACAAAUUGAGAUAUGUUUUCUCCCAGAUGUCAGAUUCCAAUGGCUUAAUGAUAUUUAGCAAGUUUGACCAGUUUCUGAAGGAAGUGCUGAAGCUCCCAACAGCUGUCUUUGAAGGGCCAUCUUUUGGUUACACAGAGCACUCAGUCCGCACCUGUUUUCCACAGCAGAAAAAGAUAAUGCUAAACAUGUUUCUAGACACCAUGAUGGCCGAUCCUCCUCCCCAGUGCCUUGUCUGGCUGCCUCUGAUGCACAGGCUUGCCCAUGUCGAGAACGUCUUCCAUCCUGUGGAGUGCUCCUAUUGCCGGUGUGAGAGUAUGAUGGGUUUCCGGUACCGAUGCCAGCAGUGCCACAACUACCAGCUCUGCCAAAAUUGCUUUUGGCGUGGCCACGCCAGUGGCCCUCACAGCAACCAACACCAGAUGAAGGAGCAUUCCUCCUGGAAAUCCCCUGCAAAGAAGCUGAGCCAUGCAAUUAGUAAAUCCUUGGGGUGUGUACCCACCAGAGAACCCCCGCAUCCUGUUUUUCCUGAGCAACCAGAGAAACCACUUGACCUUGCAAAUAUAGUUCCUCCUCGCCCUCUGACUAAUAUGAAUGACACCAUGGUGAGCCACCUGUCCUCCGGAGCGCCCACUCCCAGCAAGAGGUUACAGUAUAGCCAGGAGAUACCCAGUCACUUGGCUGAUGAGCAUGCGCUGAUAGCCUCCUAUGUGGCCCGUCUGCAGCACUGCACACGUGUCCUGGACAGUCCGAGCCGACUGGACGAGGAACAUCGGCUUAUAGCUCGCUAUGCUGCCCGGCUAGCUGCAGAGGCAGGAAACAUGACUCAUCCUCCCACUGACUUGAGCUUUAACUUUGAUGCCAACAAACAACAAAGACAACUUAUUGCAGAACUGGAAAACAAAAACAGAGAGAUCCUGCAGGAGAUUCAGCGUCUCCGUCUGGAGCACGAGCAGGCGUCCCAGCCCACCCCGGAGAAGGCCCAGCAGAACCCCACGUUGCUGGCAGAGCUGCGGCUGCUGAGGCAGAGGAAAGAUGAACUGGAGCAGAGGAUGUCGGCGCUGCAGGAGAGCAGGCGGGAGCUGAUGGUCCAGCUGGAAGGGCUGAUGAAGCUGCUGAAGGCUCAGGCCACAGGAUCGCCACAUACAUCGCCCACUCAUGGAGGUGGCCGCCCAAUGCCCAUGCCCGUGCGCUCCACGUCGGCCGGCUCCACCCCCACCCACUGCCCGCAGGACCCGCUGGGCAGCGGGGACAUGCAGGAGGCCUUCGCCCAAGGUACGAGGAGGAACCUCCACAAUGACCUGCUGGUGGCUGCCGACUCUAUCACCAACACCAUGUCGUCCCUGGUGAAGGAGCUCCACUCAGGCACAGGGGACGUGAAGUCAGCUGGCACCGACACGAGAAGGCGAGGUCCUCCCACAGAGGCGCGUUCCUGUCCAUUUUCCCACUGCACACCUGGACCAGGCUUGCAGGCUGCCAGACGUCACCACCUGCGGGGGAGAGGGACGUGCAAGCCGCUGGGAAGUGGGAGGGAGCCCUGGUGCCGCCGCGGGCGUGCCCCCGCCUCCACAGUCCUGCAUGAACUAGCAUCUUCAUCACUCCCCUCCGGGCACAGUCUCAUCGCUGCACCAGGAAUUUACUGGAGGUUGAAAAGAGAAAAGAAACAGCACGAAUCUCCUGUGUGUGUGACCUGAUGGAGUUCUUGCUGGCUUCUGACCAGCUCGCGGGGUGCUCCCCAGGGAGUGGGGCACAAGUUUCCUCCCGACCUUUGACCUUUAGAAACCCAACAGGUUUUCUCCCCUCUGUCGUGCAGACAGCUUCGGGCCUUACUCAGUUCUACAAACAUUCACACCCUGGCCACAGUGCUAAAAAUAGCCUUCCUUUCUCUCACUGCUUAGUCUUCCGCCGGGUUCGGUGCUGCUGCCCUGCAGCCCAGGCGGGAGGCGGGAGCAGAGAGAGCUCUGCACUGUAGCCCCGGACGAGUCCUCCUCCAGCAGCGGC